AUGGAACACCAGAACGCCGUUGUAGAUGCACUACCGUAUUUCGAUAAGGGCUAUGACGAAAGUGGAAUGAAGGAAGCCAAUGCUCUACUCACAGAAGAAAUGCGUCGCUACCGUCCAACAAAAAAUUAUCUUGAGAAUUUUCCUUCACUCAACGGCCCAUUUUCGACGAAAUUUGAAACUGAGGUGAUGCGAACGGAGUAUCACCGUUUGGCUAACAGACUGCCCAUGGAAAUGCUGAGCAUGAAGAGAUAUGAAUUACCACCACCUCCCACCAGCAAAUUAGGUGAUCUUCGGGCUUGGCAGGAAGCGAUUGAAAAUGCUCAUGCUCAAUUAGAACAUCAGCUUGUUCGUUUGAACAAUCUCGAACUGAUGACAGAAUUCGGUUCUACCGCUUGGAAGACCUAUAAUGAAGAAUUAGAGAAGAUUUUGAAGAAACACGAAAAGGAGCUCCUUGAAGUUAGACGCAAAGUUCAAGAGAUUAAUUGGCAGCGAAAGCAGGAGCAGACGAAGGCAGGCGAAGCACUGACUCGUCUUGAGGAAGAAUGGGUCAGUUUGGUUGGCAAAAACUACGAGAUCGAACAGGCGAUUCUGGACCUUGAACAGGAGCUGCAUGCCGCUGGCGUUACCACGAAUUCUAAAGAAGAAAAGUAA